UAAUUGGUAUUGCAUUGCUCUGGAGCGAGAACGUUUUGUGAGCUAAGUCUUAAACAAAUUAAAAAAAAUAUAUAAAAAAUAUAGGUACAAUAGAACAGCUAAGUGACAGUAAUGGCUCCAAACGUGGAGUAUUUAGAGGUAGCUCAUCAAAGGGCUGUGGAGAAAAAAACUCAUGUCAGUUUUCCCCAACUAAAGUACCCGUCCCUAAGGGAUGAGGGGUUAAGGGACCCGGUACAAUGGCUGACAGGGAAGGCUAUGGACGACGGGGCCGAAGGUCUCUGGCGCGUACACAAUGGCCUCUACGAUUUGACCGACUUCAUAAAAAGGCACCCCGGUGGAGCGGAGUGGCUGGAACUCUCCAAGGGUUUAGACAUCACAGAGGCGUUUGAGUGUCAUCAUCUAAGUCCAUCAGUGGAUAAGAUGCUAGCCAAAUUUUACGUAAGAGAAGCCAAGACGCCUAGGAACUCACCGUUCACAUUCAAAGACGAUGGAUUUUACCGGACACUGAAAAGAGAAGUAGUAGAAGAAUUAAAAAAGGUUCCAAAAAGUGUUCCGAAGUACGCUGAUAUGGUGAUAGACGGACUAUUUGGUACUCUGCUGGUGACGUCAGCGUUGUCUUGCUGGGCGAAGAAUUACUGGGUGGUGACGGCGUCGUACCUGAUAGCAUCCUUGUGUCUAGCAUGGGUUACAGUGGCUGCUCAUAAUUACAUACACAGGAAAAGCAACUGGAGAAUGUAUCUAUUCAAUUUGAGCAUGUGGUCUUAUAGAGAUUUCCGAGUAUCCCACGUGUUGUCUCACCAUCUUUAUCCAAACACCCUCAACGACCUGGAGGUCAGUGCGUUCGAACCUCUCGUCUUCUGGAACCCGAGGAGAGAUGUCCCUCUACUGUCCAAGUUUGCAUUCUUGAUAGAACUGGUGACAUUCCCCUUGGGCUUUCUGAAGAAUUUCCUGGUCAGGUUCUACCUGAAUUUUGCUCGCGAGGGUUUCUUCACUGAACAUUACCGCUGGCAUGACGGACUCGGGUUGCUCCUGCCCGUGUGGAUGUGGCUGGUGAGCGGGACCACCUUCUCCGAAGCCUUCGUCACGUGGCUCUGGAUUAAUUGUACCGGCAGCUUCAUAUUCUACAUGAUCGGCUCCAACGCUGCUCAUCAUCAUCCGAAGAUCUUCAAGGAUGGAGAUCAAGUCAAGGAUCCGAACCCAGACUGGGGCAUGCACGAACUUGAAGCCGUAAUGGACAGGACUGACAUUAACGGGAAUCUUUUCAAAGUGAUGACCUUCUUCGGGGACCACGCGCUGCACCACCUCUUCCCGACCCUGGACCACGCCGUCCUCCCAUACCUCUACCCUGCGUUUUUGAAAAACGUCGAGAAGUACAGAGCUAACUUCCGAAUGACAUCCUCUUUCGAACUCUUCGUCGGACAAAUCAAGCAGACUCUCAAAACUGAGCCGAAUGUUUUAGAAGACAAUUAAUUCGUAAUUUAAAUUAAAGAGUUGAGUUUAAAUUACGUUGUGUUGAUGUUGUUUUAGUGUUGAUGAGAGAUGAGGAAGUGGAGGUGUUUUAGGUCGUCUACCCCUACGGGAAAUAGGCGUGAUAUUGUGUAGGCGUAAUAUACAUGAAAAAUGGAUGGUUUUCAUGAGAGGAAAUGACUGAAAACAAGCGCUGGAUGGACCGUAGCAUAGCAUGGCUCCAUCACAAUACAAGCUGAGCCAUUUAUUUUUGCCCGUAUUCGUAAUAUUCAUAAUUACCUAGUUCUUAUAGCAAAUGUAAAUUGUAACUGGCAAUAAAUUCAUUUUAUUCUUUACGACUAUGUGUAUUUAUGAAAAUAAAAACGUAACCUUUGUAAUAUAAAUAUGUUUAAAAAGUUUUAA